AUGAAACAGCACAAAGAAGCUAACCAAGACAAAAAUUUAUAUAGCACACAUCUAAUUCCAGUUGAUUGGGGACCGAAGGUUGAUGUUGAUGUUUUUUGUUUUCUUGACCUUGCUUCAAAUUAUGAACCCCCAGAUUCACUUGCGGAGUGGCUUGAAGCUGGUGAACAGCCUGUCCAUAUUGGAUUUGAUAGCCUUCCUCUUGAAGAACCAGAGAACAUGACCAAUAUUAUUCUUCAAGCUCUGGAAAUAACUGGACAGAGAGGCGUCAUCAACCGAGGCUGGGGUGGCCUUGCCUUCAUAUAUUUCUCUUCUCAGUGGCAUAACCAAGUGCAUCAUGGGGUUGCUGGGACAACUGCUGCUGGUCUGAAAGCUGCGUGUCCAACCACAAUUGUACCAUUCUUUGGGGACCAGCCAUUUUGGGGGCAGAGGGUGCAUGCCAUAGGAGUAGGUCCUGCACCCAUUCCAGCUUAUACACCUCAAGAGCAUAAUCAUAUGCUGUUCAGAUACCCAUCUUCUUCAACACUCUGCAGAGUAAGAUUAACACAAUCACAUGAUGCCUAA